UAAUCAAUCAACGGUGUCAGCAUUAAACUUACACAUCACAUUUGCCCGUAUAUGCUCAAUAUAACCUAAUGUAAAGCAUCGUAUCGUAAUCACCUAGGAGACGCGUAGAAGACAACAAUAAGUAUUGCAAUGGUAUCGAGCAAAAUAUGAUUAUCAUUGGAUUCCAUUUCCUUGUGUUCUUUCAUACGAAGUGGUCUUGUCCACUAGUGUCUCCUGCUGGAUUAUUGAUCUGAGCUUUCUAGACACUACCAUGGCACGACAUAUUGCUUGGAAAACACUUUUCAUGAUUCAGCUAAUAGUAGCUAUCGGCUUAAAAGAAGUUAAAGGACAAACAACACAAAAUAUUAAUAUUUUGUUCGUUAAUGAGGUGGAUAACAGUAUGGCUAACGUGGCAAUCGAAGUGGCGCUAAACUACGUAAAAAAGAAUCUCCAACUUGGUUUGUCAGUGGAUAUGGUAUAUGUGGAAGGCAACCGCACCGACUCAAAGGAUCUUUUACUAGCAUUAUGCUCAAAAUAUAGUCAAGCAUUAAAUGAUAACAGUCCACCACAUCUUAUCCUCGACACAACGCUCACUGGCGUCUCUUCCGAGACUGUUAAAUCAUUCAGCCUUGCACUGGGCAUUCCAACAGUUUCGGCUUCCUAUGGCCAGGAGGGUGAUUUGCGUCAGUGGCGUGAUUUGACACCUACAAAACGGGGAUAUCUUUUGCAGGUAAUGCCUCCUGCUGAUAUGAUCCCACAGGUUAUUCGCUCUAUUGUUAUCUUUAUGAAUAUCACAAAUGCGGCCAUUCUCUACGACAAUACAUUUGUGAUGGAUCACAAGUAUAAGGCUUUACUGCAAAAUAUUCCAACUCGGCAUGUUAUUACCAGUAUAGCAGACGAACGAGAUAGAGCCAGCCAAAUUGAAAAACUGCGUAAUUUGGAUAUCAACAAUUUUUUCGUUCUUGGCUCGUUAACGUCUAUUAAACAAGUUUUAGAGUCUGCAAGGAAUGAAUACUUUGAACGGAACUUUGCAUGGCAUGUAAUUACACAAGAACAGAAAGAUCUGUCGUGUAAUGUGGAAAAUGCAACAAUCAUGUUUCUGCGUCCGAUGUCUGACAGUAUCAGCAAAGAUCGGUUAGGUAGCAUACGAACAACCUAUAAUUUGAAGCAAGAGCCGCAAAUUACGGGCUUUUUCUACUUCGAUUUGACGUUAAGGGCUCUACUUGCAAUUAAAAAUAUCUUACAAUCUGGUUCAUGGCCCUCUAACAUGAAAUAUAUUACCUGCGAAGACUAUGAUGGCACCAACACGCCGAACCAUACGAUCGACCUGAAAACGGCUUUUAUCGAAGUGACUGAACCUACAACUUUUGGGCCGUUUGAAAUACCGAAGGGAAAGAUACCAUUCAACGGCAACUCUUACAUGAAGUUCUUAAUGGACAUCAAUGCUGUGACAAUUCGCAGUGGAGCAUCAGUUAAUACUCACAAUCUGGGCACGUGGGAGGCAAGUCUUAAUGCACCCAUCAAUGUGGCAAACGAAGUAGACCUGAAAAACCUGACGGCAGAUGUCGUCUACCGUGUGUACACAGUAGUGCAAGCACCAUUCAUUAUGCGCGACUCAACAGCUCCCAAAGGCUUCAAAGGGUACUGUAUAGAUCUGUUGAAUAAGAUUGCUGAGAUUGUCGAGUUCGAUUAUGAAAUCCGGGAGGUUGAGGAUGGAAAAUUUGGUAACAUGAAUGAAAACGGCGAGUGGAAUGGCAUCGUGCGAAAGCUCAUCGAUAAACAAGCAGACAUCGGUCUUGGAUCAAUGUCAGUAAUGGCAGAACGAGAAACAGUGAUUGAUUUUACAGUUCCAUACUAUGAUCUUGUCGGUAUUAGCAUUAUGAUGCAAUUACCAAGCACGCCUAGCUCGCUUUUUAAGUUUCUCACAGUGCUAGAGACAAACGUGUGGCUUUGCAUCUUGGCGGCUUAUUUUUUUACCAGUUUUCUAAUGUGGCUAUUCGAUCGCUAUAGUCCCUACAGUUAUCAGAAUAACCGUGAAAAGUAUAAAAACGACGACGAAAAGCGAGAAUUUAACAUCAAAGAGUGUCUAUGGUUUUGCAUGACUUCAUUGACUCCGCAAGGUGGCGGUGAGGCACCAAAAAAUCUUUCCGGAAGGCUAGUUGCAGCCACCUGGUGGUUGUUCGGUUUCAUCAUUAUUGCGUCGUAUACGGCCAACUUGGCUGCUUUUUUAACCGUGUCUCGUCUGGAUACACCGGUAGAAUCAUUGGACGAUUUGUCAAAGCAGUACAAAAUAUUGUAUGCUCCGCUGAACGGAUCGUCAGCGAUGACUUAUUUUCAACGGAUGGCCGACAUAGAGGCCAAGUUUUAUGAAAUUUGGAAGGAAAUGUCUCUGAACGAUUCUUUGACAGCUGUGGAACGGUCAAAGUUGGCAGUAUGGGAUUAUCCGGUGAGUGAUAAGUACACUAAAAUGUGGCAAGCCAUGCUAGAAGCCGGUCUUCCGAACAGUCUUGAUGAAGCUGUACAGCGGAUACGCAACUCGACUUCGGCUUCCGGAUUCGCCUUUCUAGGCGAUGCAACGGACAUCCGCUACCAGGUGCUGACAAACUGCGACAUGCAAAUGGUUGGAGAGGAGUUUUCUCGUAAACCCUAUGCCAUUUCUGUCCAGCAAGGAUCCCCAUUAAAAGAUCAAUUUAACAACGCUAUCCUAAUGUUGCUAAAUCGGCGCGAGCUUGAAAAGUUGAAGGAGCAAUGGUGGAAGAACGAUGAAGUACAAAAUAAGUGCGAAAAGCCCGAGGACCAAUCAGACGGAAUAUCAAUACAAAACAUAGGUGGGGUAUUCAUUGUCAUCUUUGUAGGUAUCGGUAUGGCAUGUAUCACUCUUUUGUUCGAGUUCUGGUACUACAAAUACCACAAUAACAGUAAAGUGAUCGAUAUCGUCGGGCCAGCCGAUCAACAGCAACGAACCUCGGUCGUGAAACAUAUUCGCCCAGUAAUGGGGAAGCUUAUUAAGCAGGACUCAUUGAAAAAAUCACCAAAUGCGCAAACGCUACGAACGCGAUCCAUGGUGCCGAGCAUGAGCAAAUUUCAAUCUCGUUUCUAAGAAAACUUCUUCUGAAAGUCAAAAUUUCUAAUUCUUGUUGUGUGACGUAGGAUAUUAAAUUAAUGUCGUAUCUAGUGGGGCUCAAGAUGUAAUUAAAAUAAAAAAAAUAAAAAAUAUAAUUUCAACAAAAUAAACAAUUCCUAACUUUACUUGUUAUUUCCCUGAAAGUUUAAUAAAUUGACUAAACCCUCAUCGGUUCUUCGUAUGGGCGCGUAUACAAUUUGGUUGGAAAAUAUCAAAUAGUUCAAAAACGGCUCGAUGAAAUGGUCUGAAUUUUUCCAAGAUAGAUUUAUUUUGUUCAUAGAAUAGAAAUAUAUCACUAAAAAAAUUUAGGCAUGUGUAGUAUCGCCUGAGCAGAAAAAGUUACGAUUCGGUUCCUGUGUAUGCGUACGCAUGCACAUGAUCAAAAAUAAACUUUUGUUGUUUUCUUUUUUAAGGAAUUUUGUCCUUAAAAGAAAAGUACUUGUUUUUUCUUCAAAAUUCAAAUUGUCCCCUUUAAAGCAGUCCCCGUCGAAUGCAAUGCACUUGUGCCAGCUUUUGAUCCAUUCCUCAAAACUUUUCUGGGUCUCGGUUUUUGGUAUAGCCAUUAGUGUCUUAUUUUAGUGACGAUUUUAGCUUAAUUGCCUCCACACUCUCAAAACGAGUUCCACGUAGUGGUUUUUUGAGUCAAUUGAAUAGGAAGAAGUCACAUAGUGCGAGAAUGGGUGAAUUGACUGGUUGUUGAAUGGUAUUGGUGUUGUUUUUGACGAGAAACUCACGAAUAAUCAACGCAUUAUGAGAUGGCGCAUUAUCGUCAUGGAGAAUUAACGAGUUGUUACACCACAAAGCAGUUUUUUUUGUUUGCGGAUAAAGCCAAAUGAUAUGUUGGUGAUCUCAGCUAUCUCCCUUAUCGUCAAUUUGCGCUUUUCGAUCAACAAUUUUCGGAUUUCAUCCAAAGUGUCUAUAGGAAACAGGUGAAGUCAUACCGAACAAAAUCGCUCGCGACGAUUAGAAAAAUGACUGAAAAAAACUGACAGUUCGUGCCUAUGUUUUGGUUGCGUUGGAGACGCUGUAUUCGCUUUGAGAAGUAAGAAAUCCGUAAAGAAAGUUCAAGGAACUGCUCGUUUGAUCUAAAAUUAGGAAAUGUUUCAUUUAAACGAGCAAAAGUACAUAAUAUGCCUGAUAAAACCGUUGAACUUUUCCGGAAUCAAACGCACGCUGGGUUGGUGAUGAACGUAAACAAGCCACGAAAUGUCAAAAAAACAAAAACAAGCAAAAAAGAAAAAAAGUGCUAUGACUUCACCUGUUUCCUAUAGACACUUUGCUCACGACCACUUUUAAAGCGUUCAUACCACUGGUACACCUGUGUUUUCGAUAUAGUAUUGUCACCAUAACACUUUUGUAUCAUUUUUAAUGUGUCGGAACACUCAAUUUAAUUUUCAACGUUGUUCAUAUUUUAAAAAUCGCCAUGACGUAAAAACUUAAUAUAAAUAAAUCUCUGCUGUAAACGUAAAUGAAGAGCUGGCAAGCUGAAACUUGGCAUGUACAUCAGUAACAGCGCCGUCAACGUAAUAAAAAAAAACAGAAUUCAAAAUUGAUAAGCCCGCGAGGAAUAAAUUCAAAAUUCCGGUUUAUUUAUGAUCAUGGUAGUGCAUCCACCAUAUGUAUUUAGCAGCAAAAAAUCUUUUUUGAAGCUCUGAAAAAAUGAUUUCAGGU